UGCAACAAGCAGAGAAAGAGAGAGAGAGUUACGUCCCUUCGUUGGCCAUUUUUCCCCUUUAAUAAAUUCUUCAUCAAAGUCUCAAAAUAUUAUGAUUUCCUAUUAAAAUCUACAUUCAUUCUUCCAUUAAAAUAAUGCAUCCGUUUGUGCCGGAUAUUCUUUAUGUCUGGCUACAGCUUGACUUGCAUCUUGCAGCAACCGAUCGUUCACCGCAAUAUGUAGGUGUUGCUGGAAUGAGAUUGGUCAGUUAGUGAGCACCAUGAAAGUGUUACCUUCCUUUUCCUAUAAUCUGGUAAGGUAACAGUUAUACAUACAUCUACAUAUAUAUAUAUAUAUAUAUAUAUGUAAUCACACACACAUAUAAGCAUAUAGAUAUGUGUGUAUAAUUUUCAGCUGCUGUCCUUUUUCUUUUUCUCUCUUCCCGAGUACUAUGUCUUGUGUAUACUUUUGGCUGAGAUCGAAGUAGAGAAAGAGAAAGAAGCAAUCAAACUUGAGAAAGAAGUCUGUUUGGAGUUUUGUUUUGAUAGACAAGAUGUCAAGUGAUAGCGAUGAUGAGGAGAAAACCAUUACCCUCUUGCUGUCGGAUGAUAAUACUUUGGAGAAAAGUCCAGAGAGAAAAGAAGAGGCCUCUGCAAAUGAUGAGAAUGUCACUGAUAGCAAUGCACCAGCGUCACCUCCUGCUCCGACCCUCAGGCCAAGGGCCGCUAAGAAAUCUGCUAAAAUGUUGAACAAAUUGUUGAGUUCCAGUCAGGAACCAAGGAGGCGACCUGUCAGAAGCACAAGACCAAAACGCAAGUUGCUAACUGAGCUCCGACCCUAUAAAUGUGAAUACUGUGGAAAAUACUUCCCGAAGGCCAAGCAGUUGUCCAUACACGUGCGCACUCACACCGGCGAGAAACCAUACAAAUGCGAGCAGUGUGACCGUGCGUUCACUCAGUCACAUCACCUCGUCACUCAUCUACGAACUCAUACCAAAGACCGCCCUUACCCCUGCGUCUGCUGUCCCCGGGCAUUCACCACAUCCAGUAGUCUCACUCGUCACGUACGCACUGCUCAUCUACACGAACGUCCCUUCAAAUGUACAUAUUGUGACAGGGCCUUCGCAUUUCAGGAUCGCUUGGACUCCCACAUUCGUACCCAUACCGGUGUAAGGCCCUUUCAAUGCCCCUUAUGUCCACGUGCAUUUGCUGUCUCCUAUCGACUAACUGCUCACAUUUUCAUCCACCGCCACGGCAAACCCCACAAAUGCUCAUACUGUCCCAAAGCGUUUGCCGUUGCUUCUCAUCUGACAAAACACAUUCGUGUGCACACUGGUGAACGUCCAUUCAAAUGUGUGCACUGCGAGAAGUCGUUUACCCAGCCAUAUCACCUGACCAUACACCUGAGGAACCAUUCCGGGGAAAGACCUUAUAAAUGCACUUACUGCACUGAAGCGUUUAAACGAUCUGGUGACUUGCGUGCUCACAUCCGAAUCCAUACAGGUGAGAGGCCAUUCCAGUGCAAAGUUUGUGGGAAACAGUUCACACAGUCAAGUAACUUGUCGAAGCACCAGAAAAUACAUACCAAUGACCGUCCUUUCCGGUGCUCUCACUGUGAUCGUGGUUUCAUCCGAGCCAGUAGUGUCAUUGCCCACGAAAGGACACACACUGGCGAGAAGCCAUACAACUGUGGCCUGUGUCCCAAAGCUUUCAUGUCUAUGGGGAGUCUGACAAAGCACGUCAAACUGAAUCAUGGCGGAGAAGACGGCGUCGAUUCCAACGAGGCUUUUGCUAAAUCUUACAAGUGCGAGUUCUGUCCUGAAGCAUUCCGAAGGCGCUGGGAGUUGAAGGACCACUUUCAAAAGACCCACUCGAAAGACAGACCCUAUAAAUGUGACCAGUGUGACAAAGCUUUCACUCAGAGUACCCACUUAACCUCCCACAAACGCACGCAUGUAUCAGAGUCCACUGUUACCACCAAAACAUCUGUCAACUCUGCAGAUGAUGCUGAAAAGAAACUUGGUUCCGAUGGAAACGCUGACAAUCAGAAUGGUGGCAGCCAAGAUGGUACUGGAUCUGAGACAAAGUCUUCAACUGCUGAUAUAAAACCUGAGAAACCCUUCAAAUGUGAAUACUGCACCUACACAUGUCGACGGCGGCACGACUUGACAAAACACACCCGCAAACAUACAGGAGUUUCGCCCCACCAGUGUGAGUUCUGUGCCAAGACCUUUACUCAGCGAGGAAACUUACUGUCACACAGACGCAUACAUACUGGCGAGAAACCAUACAAGUGUGACUACUGCGAAAGUCGGUUCCGCUCCAGCAGCCAUUAUAGUACACAUCUAAAACUACACACCGGAGACAUGCACAAAUGUCAACACUGUGGUAAGCAGUUCACAAAACUCGAUCAUUAUCAGAAGCAUUUGCGAAUUCACACCGGCGAGAAACCCUUUCGCUGCGAAUAUUGUGGGAAAGGGUUUUCUGCUUCCGAAUAUUUGACUGUACAUCUACGCAUUCAUACAGGAGUUAAACCCUACAACUGCAGCCACUGUGGAGAAGCAUUCAGGCGUGUUGGAGACCUGCGUGUCCACGAAAUGAUUCACACCGGCUACAGGCCAUACAAAUGUCAGUUUUGUGAAAAAGGGUUCCGGAAGUCUUACGGUUUGACUGCCCACCUGCGUAGUCAUACUGGCGAACGCAACCACAAGUGCGAGCUGUGCAACAAGUCGUAUGGGACGGCAUCACAUCUCAAGCAGCAUCAGCUUGUUCACAACACCGAUCGUCCGUACAAG